AUGGAUCUAUUCGACUUUUUCAGGGACUGGGACUUGGAGCAGCAGUGUCACUAUGAACAAGACCGUAGUGCACUUAAAAAAAGGGAAUGGGAACGGAGGAAUCAAGAAGUCCAGCAAGAAGAUGAUCUCUUUUCUUCAGGCUUUGAUCUUUUUGGGGAGCCCUACAAGGUAGCUGAAUAUACAAACAAAGGGGAUGCUCUUGCCAACAGAGUCCAGAACACGCUGGGAAACUAUGAUGAAAUGAAGGAUUUGCUAACUAGCCAUUCUAAUCAGAAUCAUCUAGUGGGAAUCCCAAAGAGUUCUGUGCCCCAGACUCCCAUCAACAAAAAUGAACCAAGCUUUUUCUCAGAACAAAAGAACCGAAUGAUCCCACCUUACCAGGAUAACACUCACCCAUCUGGACCAAUGCCUCCACCUUCUGUUGUGAUACUGAAUUCAACUCUAAUACACAGCAACAAGAAAUCAAAACCUGACUGGCCACGAGAUAGUCAUAACACUAGCAUUGUACCAGCUAGCCAGACCAGUAGUCAGCCAAACAAGAUGCAGCCAUCAACACAGGAUCAGCCCCAACCUAGACUGGAAGACUACUUUGUUUACCCAGCUGAACAGCCUCAAGUUGGAGCACUUGAAGAAUCAAACCCAUCAUCAAAGGAAGGCAGUUAUCUCAAGUCCAGUGGAGGUGAUUCAUUUAAAGAAAUAUUUCAAUCUAAUUCACCAGGAGCAUCUGAAUUUACAGUGCAAGUGCCUGGGUCUCCCCUACUUGCCUCCUCUUUAUUGGCUCCUAACAGUGGCCUUUCAGUUCAAAACUUCCCACCAGGGCUUUACAGCAAAACAAGCAUGGGGCAGCAAAAACCAACUGCAUAUGUGAGACCUAUGGAUGGCCAGGACCAGACACAAGACAUAUCUCCAACACUGAAACCUUCUAUUGAAUUUGAGAGCAGUUUUGGGAAUCUGUCAUUUGGAUCCCUCUUGGAUGGAAAACCAAGUACGACCAGUUCAAAGACUAAACUGCCCAAGUUCACAAUUCUCCAAACAAGUGAAAUAAACCUUCCCAGUGAUCCAAGCUGUGUUGAAGAAAUCUUGAGGGAAUCUCAACAUCUGACUCCUCCAGGAUUUACCUUACAAAAGUGGAACGACCCAACCAGCAGAGCUUCUACAAAGUCAGUAUUGCUAAAGUCGAUGCUUGAGGACGACCUGAAGCUGAGCAGUGAUGAAGAUGACCUUGAGCCUGUGAAGACCUUGACUACUCAGUGCACUUCCACUGAGCUCUACCAGGCUGUUGAAAAGGCAAAACCUAAGAAUAAUCCUGUGAACUCAACCUUGGCCAACCCUCAGCCCCCACCUGCAGUGCAAGCCAGUGGGGGAUCUGGCAGCUCCAGUGACUCAGAGAGCAGCUCAGAGUCAGAUUCAGACACUGAAAGCAGCACCACGGACAGUGAAUCCAGUGAUUUGCCUCCUGUGGCAACACCAGAGCCUGAGCCGCCCUCAACCAACAAGUGGCAGUUGGAUAAGUGGCUUAACAAAGUGACGUCCCAGAACAAAUCAUUUAUUUGUGGCCAAAAUGAGACACCCAUGGAAACAAUUUCUGUGCCUCCUCCAACCAUCCAACCAAUGGAAGUCCAGGUCAAAGUGAAAACAACCCCCAACCAGAUCCUGGCAGAACCCAAAGAGAGGCCUCUCCUCAGUCUCAUCAGGGAGAAAGCCCGUCCACGGCCUUUCCAGAAAACUCUAGAAACAAAGGCUUUGAAGCAUAAGUUGUCAGAAACUAUUGAGACAUCUUCUCAAAGGACAAUUGGGAAAAAACAGCCCAAAAAGUUUGAGAAGAACACUGGCAUUGAUGAGUUGACCUGGCCCAAACCAAAUAUUACCAGCAGCACUCCCAAAGAAAAAGGAAGUGUGGAGCUUCCUGGCCCACCAAGAAGCCGCAACAAAGCCACUGUCAACAAACCAAUCCCUAGGAAAGAACCAAGGCUUAACAUCCCAUUGGCUUCAGAGAAGAAGAAAUAUAGAGGGGCUGGGAAAAUCGUACCAAAGUCCCGGGAAUUCAUUGAAACAGAUUCGUCUACGUCUGAUUCCAACACAGAUCAGGAAGAAACUGUACAGAUCAAAGUCCUGCCUCCUUGUACUGCUACUGGGGGCAAUUUUGCCAAAUCCAAGGAAACUUGUGGUGGUAACCUGAUCCUCAGCAUCCUAAACAGCAGCAACAAUAACAAUUUAUCCAUCAAUAAUGAGGAGCCAACUUUUUCAUCCAUCCCUGUAAUGCAAACUGAGGUUCUAUCUCCGCUAAGAGAGCAGGAAAAGCCAAAAAAUCUCUGGGUAAAGAUUGACCUUGACUUACUAUCUAGAGUACCUGGCCACAACUCACUCCAAGCAGCACCAGCCAAGCCAGACUACAAAGAGGCUUCCUCAAAACCCAGGCGUCAGAUUGCAACCACAGCUGUGGAAAAACCCACACUUAAGGGCAAGAGGAAGCACAAGCCAACAGAAGUUGCAGAAAAAAUCCCAGAGAAGAAGCAACGUCUGGAGGAGGACACCACCAUCUGCCUGCUACCCCCUUGCAUCUCACCAGCCCCAACCCACAAGCCUUCUUACACUAAAGAAAAUAAGUCAUCCAGGAGAGCAAAUAGAAGAAAAGAAGAAAGGCUGUUCCCUCCUUCACUAUCUCCACCACCAGAGGAUCUUCCAUACCGCAGAAACAUCAGUGGCAAUAAUGGUCUCUUGAGUCAAGACAAAAACAUCCCGAUGAUUGGACAGUACACCUCUGCCAAAGCUAAGAGGAGUGAAAGCAAAUUCUGUGCUACUUUCAAGGGGAUAUCUGUAAAUGAGGGAGACACUCCAAAAAAGGCAACCUCUGCAACCGUUACUGUCACCAACUCUGCUAUUGCCACUGCCACCCCAGUCAUAGCCACUGCCACUGCUACUGCCACGGCUACUACCACAAGCACUACCACUACCACUACCAUUUCCACCACCAUGUCUACCAUCACUACUGGCCUAUUGGGUAGCAGUCACCUGGAGAUGACAUCCUGGGCAGUCCUGCCCCUUCUUUCCACCAGCACCACCAGUGUCCGGAGACCCAAACUCACUUUUGAUGACUCGGUUCACAAUGCUGAUUAUUACAUGCAAGAUGCUAAGAAGCUGAAGCACAAAGCUGAUGCACUGUUCGAGAAAUUUGGCAAAGCUGUGAAUUAUGCUGAUGCAGCCCUGUCUUUCACCGAAUGUGGCAAUGCCAUGGAGCGUGACCCCCUCGAAGCAAAGUCUCCAUAUACCAUGUACUCCGAGACUGUGGAGCUCCUCAGGUAUGCAAUGAGGCUGAAGAACUUUGCAGGCCCCUUGGCUUCAGACGGGGACAAAAAACUGGCAGUAUUAUGCUACAGAUGUUUAUCACUUCUCUACUUACGGAUGUUUAAACUGAAGAAGGACCAUGCUAUGAAGUACUCUAGAUCCUUGAUGGAAUAUUUUAAACAAAAUGCUUCAAAAGUCACUCAGAUACCAUCUUCAUGGGUAGGCAAUGGAAAGAACAAUUCAUCUCCAAUGUGUCUCAACAAUGCCUCUCCCAUUGAUGCAAUGGGGAAUUAUAACAAUGGCCCAGUCACCAUUCCCCAGCGCAUUCAUCAUAUGGCUGCCAGCCAUGUCAACAUCACCAGCAAUGUGUUACGGGGCUAUGAACACUGGGACAUGGCCGACAAACUGACAAGAGAGAAUAAAGAAUUCUUUGGAGAUCUGGAUACAUUGAUGGGGCCUCUGACCCAGCACAGCAGCAUGACCAAUCUUGUCCGCUACGUUCGCCAGGGACUGUGUUGGCUACGUAUUGAUGCCCAUUUGUUGUAG